UCCAGAACCUGUUAUUUAAUCUUUUGCCUCCUCCCCUGUUACUGCAGCUACCCAGAAACAAAUUCCAGUUGCUUUUUUGCCUGGGCGUGAGAGUAUCAGGAUUCAGGAGAGCCCUUUCACCUGUUGCUUGUAUCAUCUGCCAGGAUCACAGGAUAAGCCACCACAGUUUUUAGGUGAAUCCUUAUUGAAUUUGAAGGCUCAUAUGACAUGUUGUUGAGCUCUUGUUCAUAAUUUUUCAGUACUAGCCUUCCAAAUUAUUCAGAGAUGUUGCCAAGCUAUGAUCCAAAUGACAAUGAAGCAGGCUUGCAGCUUUUGGAAGACCUGACAACAAAUGCAAGUCAAAUACAACAGCAGGUGUUAGAGGAGAUACUAACAAAAAAUGCAAAUACAGAAUAUCUUAAGGGCUUCCUCCAUGGCCUUUCUGAUAAGGAGAACUUCAAGAAGAAAGUACCCAUUGUAAAUUAUGAAGAUAUCAGGCCUUUCAUCGAGCGAAUUGCCAAUGGAGAGCCUUCCACUGUCAUUUCAUCCCAGCCAAUCACUGAGCUCCUCACAAGCUCCGGCACUUCAGGAGGACUGCCGAAAAUGAUGCCUUCAACUGCUGAAGAUUUGGACAGGAAGACAUUAUUCUACAACCUCCUUGUGCCUAUAAUGAAUAAAUAUAUGGAUGGCUUGGACCAGGGAAAAGGAAUGUACCUUUUGUUUAUCAAACCUGAAAUCAGCACCCCUUGUGGCUUGAUGGCUAGACCUGUUUUAACCAGCUAUUACAAGAGCAGCAACUUCAGAAACCGGCCAUUCAACCGGUACAACGUUUAUACAAGCCCUGAUGAGACAAUAUUGUGUCCUGACAGCAAGCAGAGUAUGUACUGCCAAUUACUUUGUGGAUUAUUGCAGCGUGAUGAUGUCUUAAGGGUCGGUGCAAUUUUUGCAUCAGCUUUCUUGCGGGCUAUCAAAUUCUUGGAGGAUUACUGGAGAGAAUUAUGCUCCAAUAUAAGAACAGGUUGCAUCAGUGACUGGAUUAAUGACCCUGAUUGCAGAAACGCUGUUUCAUCAAUCUUGAAAAGCCCGAAUUCAGAAUUGGCUGAUUUGAUUGAGUAUGAAUGUAGUAACAAAUCAUGGGAAGGGAUAAUUAAAAAGCUUUGGCCUAGAACAAAGUACAUUGAAGUCAUUGUUACAGGUUCCAUGGCCCAAUACAUAACAACUCUUGAAUUUUACAGUGGUGGGCUCCCUUUAGUUUCAACCAUGUAUGCUUCUUCUGAAUGUUACUUUGGGAUCAACUUCAAGCCACUGAGCACACCUUCUGAUGUCUGUUACACCCUCCUCCCAAAUAUGGCUUACUUUGAAUUUCUACCUGUUGAGAGAGAAAAUGGAGACGUGAUACAGGAUUUACAAUACAAUGGCGUUUCUGAUCAGAAUUGCAUACACAAGGAAGAUGAGCUGAAGAAGAAGAAACACAUGGAAACUGUGGAUCUUGUAGAUGUCAAGCUAGGCCACUACUACGAGCUUGUGGUCACUACUUUUACAGGGCUAUACAGAUACAGAGUCGGAGACAUUCUUAUGGUGACAGGCUUCAAUAUGAAUGCCCCUCAAUUCAGAUUUGUUCACCGGAGAAAUGUGGUAUUAAGCAUUGAUACUGACAAAACCAAUGAAGAAGACCUAUUAAAGGCAGUGACACAAGCAAAGAUUCUGCUCGAACCACUUGGUUUCCUUCUCACCGAGUACACCAGCUUUGCAGACACUUCCUCAAUCCCAGGUCACUACGUACUAUUCUGGGAACUCAAAGCGAGAGGAAAUAAUGAACCAGGGGAGCUUGAUCAUAUAAUAAUGGAGCAAUGCUGCUCCAAAGUAGAAGAAUCGCUGGAUUCUGUUUACAGGAGGUGCAGGAAGAAGGACAAGUCAAUUGGACCCCUGGAGAUAAGGGUGGUGAAACAUGGAACAUUUGAUGCGCUCAUGGAUUUCUGUCUCUCUCAGGGAUCCUCUGUUAAUCAAUACAAGACACCAAGGUGCAUCAAAUCCGAGGCAGCUCUAAAUAUUUUGGAUUCAAGGGUGGUGGGAAAUUUUUUCAGCAAGAAAACUCCUUUCUGGGAGCCAUUCAGAAUGCAAAACUAAGUAAACAAUGUUUUUAUUUUCUGGGAAUACCUUUAUCCUGUUCUGAUACUGAUGCUAAUUGCUAUGGAUCUCCUCUGCAUUUUGAUUAACUCUAGUCUUGUCCUGAAAUUUUUCCUUUCUGUGUAUCCUGAAUCUUUAUCCAAACUAGAUUAUUUAGA